UGCACCACUACAUCGUAAAGACAAAGAGUUUACAUGUUUACUAAUUUCAUAUCACACCUAGACCGAUACAUAUAGUGACGGAAAAAGACAAUUCGAAUCAUGGCUGAAGCAUUAAAGAAUGUUAUUGCUCAGAGUCUGGAGUGUCCUGUAUGUCUGAAUACCUUCACCGAUCCCAAAAUCCUGUCUUGUUCUCACACCUACUGCAAGGCCUGUCUGGACAACCUCUUGGAAUGCCAUGGGUACAACCAGAUGCUCCGAUGCCCUGUAUGCAGAGCUGAAACCCAGAUCCCAAACCAAGAAGUCAGCAAAUUACCGGCAAGUCUAGCUUUGAAGUCUCUCAUAGAAGACAUGAAUAAUCAAUACCAGCUUUGCUCGAAUUGUAAUUCCGAGGAAAAACCCCAAGCUGUUGUCUACUGUCAAGACUGUGGCAAAUAUCUCUGUAUCACUUGUCACAACGCACAUUCUCUGUGGCAAGACUUCAUCGGUCAUGAGGUCUUAGCCAUGAGUGAGAUCGAAUCAGGAAAGGUAACAGUACGUAGGUACCGCAAAUGCAGGAAACACCCCAAAGAGGAUGAGGAGUGCUUCUGUUCCGAUUGCAGGAGAUUUGCCUGCUUCAGGUGUGUUGUCAUGGAGCAUACAAAGGAAGGACAUGGGGUCAUCGAGGCGGCUGUUUAUGAAAGCAGCCAUAUGAAGAGUAUCGAGGACCUCAAAUCCAAGGCGCACAAGAAACGAACUUGCUUUCAGAAAUACGUUGACUUCAUUGAUGAACAGAAAGACCACGUGCGCAAUGUUCAGAAAAGUGUACAGAUGAUAUCAAAAAAGCAUUUGAAGAAUCAGUCCGGCAGUUGACAAAGAAGAAAGAAAUCCUCAUUGGUGAAGUGAAGGGUAGGACCGAACGUGUAGAGAAAGAACUGAACGAAAUGAAGAAGCCGAUUGUAGAGCACAUCACACACUUGACCACCAUAGCUGACGUGGUAACCAAUAGGACAAAGGUACCGUUAGAUAUGGAUGCUUUGGCUGCACACUACACUCUAUGUCAGGACUUACAGGAGGCCUUGAAACAAGAAGAUCCUGACUACAAGCAGGCGAUGAAAUCGAGCAAGAAAGGAAAAAGUGUCAGUUUUAAGAGGAACGUUAAAAUGGAUGAGAUAGCUCUCGGUAAGAUCGUAAAUGCAGUUGCAAAGAACAUUGAUUUGCCUA